GCGCUGACUCCCGCCUCCUCAGAGAUGACGUAGUGGCGGGCUUCCUGCUUUCAGUCUUCGAACUUCUACAUGUUGUUCGUCUUUAACGACGAUUUUCCGACAUCGACCGAAGUUUAAUGUGUGUUUAAAUGUGUGUUCGGUCGGUAAAAGGUUUAAUUUGCAGGUCGGCCAUUAUUUGUUGCACCGUUGUUCGCAAAGACGAGACGAGAGGACGCUGCCUCCAUUGAACGUUAGAGAAGUCCUUCAGGUGCUCUUCAUGCCUCAACGCUUCCCUUUAUUGCAAUAAAUGGCUGAGAGUUACAAGUUGGAAGAUGAAGUUUUCCCCAGCUUCCUGCUCAAGUCUGUGGACGGCAGCACUUUGGAGAACGUGACACUGGGAUCUGGACUUGGACUACCAGUAGCGGCUUCUACUGUGGCUAAGAUUAGACCUCCGUCUGACGACAGAGGAGAUUGUGCUGAGGCGUCCUACCUGGAGGAAAGAACACUGCAGCAGGACAGCUCCCAAACAUCUCAAUCCAAGCAGUACAAGUUUGCCCUCAGUUUCAAAGAGGAUGAGAUGGACAAUGCAGACGACUUCAUUGCUGCACAUAAUCUGUCAGACAUGCUGAUUAAAUUGAAUGUGGAUGGCACAACAUCUCCAAACCAAGGCACCGUGCGGUGUCCUCUUCCCACUCAGAUGGGUUCGAACCAGGGCGAGCACACAGAACUCCAAACGGAUCUGUCAGAAGGCCCCUUAACAUUUUCUCAGUUUGGAUAUACGGAUCGUACGGACAUGAAAGUAGGUACCAGCCUUUCUGUUGCUUUUACCACUCAUUUACAGUCUUCUGACUGCCUGUUUUUCUGUGAUCUUUUCCUGCUGGCUCCAUCCACAACUCAGAAAGACAAUGUUCAGAGUGAAGCAGUGGACAGUGACUUCAACUCCAGUUUUUUGGCAAAUGAAAAGCUGAUAUCUAUGGACAGCAUGAACAGUUACAUCACAGAUGAUGACAUUGAUUUCAACGACCUACCUGAUGAUGAGUUGGAGCUCUGCUUGAAUAAUCUGCUGCCUUCAGCCGUGGAAAGGGGCACGGUGGAUGGCCAAGAGCUCCCAGCGACAGAAAACUUCCAGAUGCCGGACGUGCGUAUGGCUGCCACAGGGAGGGACUCCUGUCCUGCCAGCGACGAGGACACGGAGGAUGAGCUUGAGUCUGCCAGACGGACCAACCGUUCCACAAGAACAAAGCCGCUGCCAAGAAUCUCCAGACAAUUGGUCGGUGAGAGCAACCAUCCCAGCUUCAGGCCAGGUUUAGAGGGAGGAAGCUCUGAGGAUGAAUCAAGUAAGCCCGGACGUCCAUGUCUGUCUGGAAUUGAACACCGAAGAUCUGCUGAAGGACAAGUUAUUAGCGCUCCUGUCACAGGAGACGGAGGUGUUGGCGAUGGCAGCAGUGGCAGUGAAGAAAGUGGAAACAGACUUUCGACAAUCGCCUUUCCAACGACAACAACGGAUGUGCGGCGAGGGCUGGGCCUUGUGGGCAGCAGUGCUGUGGCUGAAGAUGGAGACUGUGCUCGUAACAUUGGAACAGGAAGGAGCAACCUCUCCACCUGUGCACAGAUGGGUGAUCGUGUGGGUCCUGUUGGAACUGUUGAAGGCGGCACCUCUAAAAGUGCAUCAGGAAGUCAAAGAGUUUCUCCUGUCAAUUGGAGCAUGCUUAAAGACAGACAGGAAACACAUGGGAGAGGAGGGCCGUGUGGGUUUCCGUCUGCAGCCGUGGUGUCAGACACGACCAGUGAAGAAGACAACUAUGAUCAUUCUACCUCCCUGGAGCCCAAAUAUUUCUGUACCAGCUUCCACGAGCAACAAGGAGAUUCAGAUGACGAAGGGAACGAGUUUUCUGACGAGCUGGACUUUCAGCAAGCUGCCGAUGCUUCGGACAGUGUGGUGUACCAGAACGAGGAAGGCCAGUGGGUUACAGACCUGGCUUAUUAUGUCUCCUUUGAGAAGGAGCUUGAUAAGAACACAACACUCAAUGAUGGACACGUUACAGCCGAAGAAUUUGCUUCUCAUGGUGAUGCUUUAGAGAAAAUCAUCGAAGAUCAGGAGAAAUUUGAAAAAGAGCACCCAUUUAUGCAGGAGGAGCAGAUUGUAGCAGCCAACGCUAGCAACACUACCUUUCUCAUGGACUCCUCUUGGAAAGCUGAUCCCAGAAAUCACGUCUUGAUGAGAGCAUCUCAGGUGGCUUCUGAGUUUGACCAGGGUGACCAAAACUACCUGCGGCUGUCGUUAGGACAGUUUUUUCAACAACGCUCUGAAGCAUUGGGCUGUCUUGGCAGCAGCCGGAAUGUGGAUAGUGUCAAACGGCCAUCCUUUGGCUAUGUUAUCAGCUCUCCAGAGAAGAGGGAACCGUUUGCGCUGCUUGAGCUGUCUGACUUACCAGCAGGAGAGAAGAAUGACUCUGUGGAAGUUGGAGACACCGAUCAAACGCUUUAUGCCGAUGACUUGGAUAAAACCUUAGAGGUCGAGAAUGAAGGGAUGUCCCCAAAAGAGAGGAACACAUGUCAGGACCCUAGCAACCAUGAUGUUGUGCUUGGUGACGAGUGCCCCGACGCCACACUUAGUGUGGUCAAUCAAAGCAACAUGUCCCCCCAAAACAACCAAAGCAAGCUCACACGGAGCAUCAGCACCAUCGCAUCAGUCAUUGCAGAUGCAUCCUUCAGUACUGACACCUUAGCGCUGGCCGCUAUGAUCAUGGAGCUGCACAAGAAAGACAGUUGCUCGCAACCCUCUCAACAAUUUGCACCUGAGAAAGUCACAGAGGAUCAAUGCUCACAUCUACUUCCUGAUGUUUUGGACACUGUCCAGAAAAGUACUGCUGUGGGAGACAUAAGUGCCUUGGACAUGGAGAAAUACUUGAAAAAGAUGGACACAUCUGAACAGACUGAUACAUCUAUAGCACAGAGCAGCUUUGAGCUCAGCAACUGGGCUGAGAACCUAGAGGCAUGUAGAAAGAUGCAGGCAGGAAGUAGAGUGGCAGCAUGUUCAGCCAAUCCUUUGGAGAGUGAAAGUGGCCCAAGACAAGAGGAGACGGUUGCAAGAGAAGUGCCAACAUUCAACAGUAUAUCUUACAGCAUAUGCCACACAAAGGAACACCAAGAACAUGCUGCAGGUGGCAACACCAAGACUGAAACAGCAGAACAAAGUGAAAGGUGGAAGUCGAAGCAGACUGCUAAUGGAACAUCUGCAGUGCACGGGAGGGGGAACCAGCAGCAGCGUGUCACUCAGUCUGCAGAGCUGCCUGCUGAAGCUAAUGUGGAAGAGACACAAUGUAACUUCCGACCCUCCACCGCGCCUUUAACUCACUCUUCUCCGAGUCAGAGCUUCGCUCCUCAAGCUGAUGGUAUGGCAUCACCUUCCUCCCCUGAUGGCAAACGACCAUGUCAAGACCUCUCUCCUGAAUCCACAUGCUCUAGCCCUAGUCUCAGCAGGCUCACAUACAUCUCAAGGAAUGACGCCACCACUCUCGAACCCACACCACAAAACCACAAGAAUAAUUGUACCAUGGCACUCAGCACCACCAUCAUCAGGUUCAGUCCAACCCCUCCUGUGGAUUCAGAUGCACCAAGGAACCAGGAUAUACCAGACCAUUCUACAAAGCUCCACCAAGUUCCACCAAAGCACUGCAAAAGUCUGGAACAGCUGCCAGCCCAGUCUAGUAACAAGCCAGAACCGUUAUGUGGUGCCACUGGUCUGAGCUGUACCCGCAGUCAGAGUGAAUGUGGCUGUAGCUGUCCUGGCGUUAAACAUCUUGGUGUGUGUGCAAGUUGCAGGCGACAAAACAACGUCCCUCAGCCCAAUGUAAGGCAACUCACUAAAGUGGACUCCGGCUAUUGCAGUCAUUCUCACAUUCCACAAACGAGCACCACAGCAAACCCGCAGACGUCUGAACGGUGGCGAGCUGUCAGCUCGGUGCCAUCGCUAUAUCCUGGUGGAUUUGAGUCCAUUCCCAACUUGAAGUAUCCUGGCUUGAUGAACAUGAUGCACCAAGGAGAUGCGCAGUCCCUCGUCAACUUCCAGCUAGCUCAGCAGUAUUUAGGAAGUGAUGCUGCAAUAAACACUGGACUCUAUGAUGUGGGAGCCACAGGAAGCAGCCUAUACAGGGUGUCUUCUUCAGGCGUGGCCAACAGCGAGCCAACAGUGAGGCAGGUCCCUCCCACAGCACAGCAUUUGGGGCUAGUUUGUGCUCCUGGGUCUCAUCACAUUCCCCGAUCCACGCUGAAACACCAGGACAUGGAACUGAUGGCAAAACUCUACAGUCAGUAUGCUCCAGAACCACUGGUGGCAGGUGAUCUAGAUGAACUUAGAGUUCAAGUGGUGGUACCUGAGGAGCUGCAGUUCGCUAACGCUUGCUGUGUGGGCAUCGCUUCACAGACCUCCCUCAGCCUCUUCAACCCCUCUGAAAGAUGGCAGCAAGUGUCAAUAACCGUUGCAAGUCUGGCCAUUAAUGGAGACAAGGUGGAUAGUUUGCCUUACCAAUGGCUGAUUGUCAAGAACAAGACAAUCAUUGGCCCAAAAAGUACAGAAGAACAAAAAGUGUUGUUCAUUCCUCCAAAGGCUGGCAUCUACCAGUGUGUCCUCAGUGUUUGCUCCUGGCCUGCGUCGGCUAACACACAAGUGGCUGCCAGGGCCACUUUGUUUGCCAGAAGGGUGGUGCUGGUUGCCAUUGCACAGAAUCCUUCCAUAAAGGUUGAAGGAGGCAAAUCAGGAUGUUUGAAUUUUGGUGAUCUACCAGAAGGUAGUUCCGCAUCACUUCCUCUGAAAGUCAUUAAUACUACUGGCGCCACAGUGCCCAUCAGGCUGGUCAUCAAUGCUACGGCCGCAUCUUGGCGCUGCUUUACAUUAUCAAAGCAACCUGUUCCCUUGGCAUCUGAGGCAGCACACAGGCCAACACAGACCUCUCCUUCCGUGCUCAAUCAUGUCAUGCAUGCCAGCCAUGGAGACAAUCCAGAAUGUUUCGUGGUUUGGGUUCACUUCAAGGCCUGGCAAAAGUAUGCUACCUCAUCAGGGGGGCUGGGUCCACCUGAUGAACACAGUGCCCGCAUAGAUAUUGAAAUGGACUCACCUGGUGCCGGUCAUCUGAUCCAGAGUGUUCCCAUCAGAGCUCGCUCUGGAACUGCUAAUGUGCAUGCACCAAAAGAUCUGCAGACGGUGUGCUUGCAGGCUCCACUGGGUAAAUGUGGUCAAACAACUCUGCCAUUGAAGAAUGCAGGAAACAUUGAUGUGCAGAUGACACUCAAGAGCAAUGAUGACUGCUUCUCAGUCACCCCUGAUGAAUUGUUCCUCACAACAGGAGAGGAACAAGACAUCCGGCUUUCAUUUCGACCGUGGGGCGCCAAGCAACACAGAGAGAGUCUUCUCAUCAUCAUGGUGCUGCCAUCAGGCCCUCAGUAUGAAAUAACGUUAAAAGGAGACGUUGUUCCAGAAGAAGCUGCUGUCAUUGACUCUGGUCUGGCCAAUCACGUUCCUCCCAUUCUCUCCAACAAGCAGUUUGUGGCCUGGGGAGGGGUCACCCUGGGGCAAGCUGUUCAGCAGAAGCUGGUUCUCAGGAACAAUUCAUCCAGUGCCACUUUACCGCUACGCUUACUCAUCCGUGGUCAAGACCAAGACUGUUUUCAGCUGCAGAGUUUGUUCAGUCCAGAGGCUCGUCUAACCCGACAUGGAGAGCUCUCCAUUCGCCCAAGAGAGGAUGUGACCGUCCACCUGCUCUUUGCCCCCACCAGGGUGGCCUGCAUGUUAGCCAAGCUGGAGAUCAAACAGUCUGGAGUGCGGACAUCUCAACCAGGGGUUAAAUUCACAAUUCCACUUUCUGGCUACGGCGGCACCAGCAACAUCAUCUUGGAGGACCAGAGGAAGCAAGCAGACAACUAUGUGGCGACAAUGCCAGAUGUGGCUGUUAACGGUGUCAGCAAGGCGUGUCUGUGUGUGAGGAACACAGGAUCCAGAGCGGCUUUCAUCAAAGCCUUGGUCUUCUCUGACGUUCCCUCUCGAACACUGAUGGACCCGACUGUCGUCAGUGUGGCACCGUCACAGUUUGUCCUGAAGGAAAGGACGCAAGAGGUGGUCACAGUGCUCCUAAAGUUCACCCAGAGGGAGCAAAGGCUGUGUCAGUCAGAAACCCCCCAGCUGGCCACUCUGCUGCUGUUCUGUGGGGAUGAAGUGUCCAGACAGCAGUACAGGAGACUACUUCGAAGCAAAGCACAUGUUGGACAGAACGUUCUGGCCGAGAAUAGCGUGCUAAAAAACUUGGAGUUUGAUGAGAAGUUCCUGGGAGAGGAAUUGAUUGAACCGUUCGAUCUGCCUGAGCGGCCAAAUGAGGCCCACAUCUUCUAUGGGCACAUUAGAAAGGUUGCAGUAUUGUUACUGGGCGGCACAGAAUGUGAGGACAGCACUGAGUUACCGCUGACGUCUGCUGAACAAGACGUGCUGACCGGCAGUGGUGUUACAAAUGGAAAUAUGACUUUGGACGUGCUGCCUGUGAGGGAUCUUCAAGGUCCAGCAAUGAAACCUACAGGAUCCACCUCAAAGACCUCAGAGGCAUCACACAAACAGUCCGAGUCAUGGACUUUACGUCCAGAACUACUUGUCCUCGGAGUUCCGACAAAUGAUGCUGUGGCCAGCACCAAUCAGGUACAGAUCAAGAACAACACCUCCAGAGAGCUGAGCUUUGACUUGUCCUGGCCUGCUCACUACCUCACCAUUACGCCUCAGCAUGGACUCAUUGAACCACAGAGCCACCUCCAGAUUUUUAUCACUCCCAACCGUUCACUUGCCAGCAAGACUACCAUGCUCCCUUGGAGUGGACAGAUAUACGUGCAAUGUGAUGAUCAGCAGAAGUUUAUCAGGAUCCAGAUUCGUGGAGACCUGGCACUGGAUGUUUCUGCUGCCCCAGCAGAUUCCACUCUGUCCGCCCUCAGCCCUCAAGCUGCCACUCCAUUGUUGCCUUCAGGGAGGACAAUCUCCAAGGCAGCACUUAAUACACCUUCGCAGCUGCCUGAAGAUCUGAUCCAUUUCAGCAACAAAAACAUCAACUUCCCCAACACGCCCUCAGGAGAAACAUCAGAGGAACACCUGGAGGUGGAAAAUGGGGAAGUGGAAGUAAGAUGGUACCUAUCAUCAUUUGCACCUACUUAUGUCAAGGGGGUUGACAACACUUCUGAUGUAUUUCGGGCCACCUACACUGCUUUCAGGUGCUCCAAAGUGUCAGGCAAGUUGGGAGUACAUGAGAAAAUGCAGGUGCCUAUUACCUUCCUACCAAGAGACAGAGGCGACUAUGUUCAGUUCUGGGAUUUGGAGUGUCAUCCAUUGUCUGAACCCCAGCAGAAAUCCAGAAUCCGCUUUCAAGUCAGUGGAACGGGGGUCAAUAGUGGAUCUGUGGUUGGACCUCAGGAAGGCGAUUGCUCUUUGGUGAAAACUGAAGCCAGCGUGAGGUCCAGAAAAAAAAAUAGCAGCCAGGAGGAUCCAGUCUGGAGAGGAGUUCACUCUGUACAGGACCUUUACACUUUUCCUGACACGCGCACAGGACAGUCCAGCUCGCUGAAAGUCAACAUCCGUAACAACUCAGCGCACACACACCAGCUGAGCUUUGUAAACCCUAAGGAACCUUUCUUCAUCAAGCAUUCCAAAUACUCCCUCAGGUCUCAGCAUUAUUUGAAGCUUCCUGUCCAGUUCAAGCCGAACAGCGCAGGAACACAUGCCGGCUUCCUGCUCAUCCAAUCAGAACGCGGCGAAAGUCUGGUCAUACAACUGAGUGGUGAGGCACUGCCUUCAGUUUAAGCGCUCGCUCCUUUACCUCCACACGCUGCUCUUUGACGUCGUGGCAGGAAAGGUGACAGCUUACUGACAAAAGACGUGAACAUGAAUAUGACAUGAAUGGAAGUGGUCUAUGGUCUACGAGACCAGUUUGGCUCAGUUGCAGCUGGACUUAGAAAGUACUAAACUGUGAUUGGCUCGUAGUUUAAAAAAUGAAGUAUUUGUUUUCUCAUAAGUGCACAUUGAUUUCACACACUACUAACUCAUUUACUGUUGUUGUAAAAUGGUAAAAGUUACUUUUACUUCCAUGCUAACAUUCAAAGCACUUGUCAACUGAUCUGAUCAGCUGUUCAAAGUAGUUUUUUCAGAAUUUAGUGGCCUGCAGCGAAAAAUCCAUACAAGUUGAAUGAGUUGGAGUGCUUGAGAAAGGGAGAAUCAGAACAUGGAGCUGUCAUUGACUUUUAACAUCUUGCACAUCACAACCAAUGUUGCAAGCGCUGACAAGUGUUAGUGUUCUAAAGUAUUAGACAACUACUAAUUGUCAAAUAUCUAUAGUCCAAUCUCUCUGGCCUGCUUUGCUUUUAGUAAACAACCUUUGGUCAUCCAUCAUGAUACAUGAUUAAAUUAGUAUUUGCUUCAGCUUCAGUUGCACUACAAUAUUUGGACUGGGUAUGGUUACCAUAGCAACCCUUCUUCACUGGUCCACACACUGAAGCAUAUUUGGGGUGAAUAACACUCACUGUAUGUACGUUAGUAUUGUGUUCGACAUUUAGAUGAUUGGACUUGUUCUCAUCAUUCACACUUUGCACAAUAUUUGAUCGCAAUAUGUAAAUAUAUAUUGUAGUGGUGUCUUUUGAAAUAAACUCUUUUAUAACA